AUAAUAGAAUUUCAUGUAAAACUAAUAUGGCUAAUGGAAGUAAACGACGGAAUUCCGAGACUUUGUCGAAGCAUGAAAUUAUAAGCCAGUUCAAUAAAUUGCGCCAAGAACAGAGAAAACUGUACGCUGAAUUAGCUGAUAAAGAGGUAAAUCUUCAAGAAUACAGGGAAGUGCUCAAGAUCUUAAAGGAGGUAAAUCCUAACCGAAAAUGUUUUCGCUUAUCAUCAGGUAUUUUGUUGGAGAGAAGUGUUCAUGAAACGUACCCCUCUCUUCUUCUACAAAGAGAAAUGCUUGAGGAGCAAAUUGAGGAUCUGACAGCGAGAAUCGUGGAAUCCACAAAAGUAAUUCAAGAUUUUCAACUGAAAUACAGCGUGCGAAUAAAACCUGAAGACGAUUUCAUAGAUUUCAGAACUUCCAAAUUAUUCGAAGAAGAAAUUUAUAAAAAUGGUUAAAAUAUCUUCUGAUUUCUUUUGAUUCUACACUUUUAGAUUUCCAAAACUGUCUUAUGCCUCCUUUUAUGAGUAUUUUUUCCCUUUUAUUAUUCUGUGUAUGUUUUGUUAUAGUAUUGUUUUUUAAAUUUCAUAUGUACGGAAUAAAAUAAUUUUUGA